AUGGCGGCAGCAGUACUUAAAGAAGAAGCGAAAGAGAAGGGGGAGAAAUCUGGGGCGACGGCGACGGCUGCGACGAAUAAAGAGGAGAAGAUGGAGGUUGACGUUGCGCCACUGGCUUCAGCUGAUGCUGCUGUUGCCGGCGCCACUGCUGAUGCUCCUACCGGUACGAGCGGUUCUGGCGCUUCUAUUACUCCCGAAUCCAGUAAGGGGUCAAGUGAGCAACAGCAGAAGAGGUAA